AUGUCUCGCCACGAAGAGAGCGUCGCGCUGCGCUCGUCAGGCCCAAGCGCCAGCAACAACGCACUGCCAUCGCCUUCUCGCACGCGUCUACUUGCAACUGCUGGCGUGGGGAGCGGCCCCAGCGCCCCAAUCGAAGCGCAUGCCGUGCGUCUUAAUGUGCUAAAUAGCAGCGUGCAGGAAGCCCGCGAGGCGCGUAAUUCGCGGUUGAUUAUGGGAGCCAUUUCAUUGGUCAAUAUCCCUCAGAUUGUGGCAGCAGUCGUUAUCCUGGCAUCUUAUUGGCAGAAAGAGACACUGUGUUUUCGCAUCCAAGUGUGGGUCUUACUCCAUACGAUACACCUGGCGCUCACGCUGUUGCUCGAGUGGACUCUUUAUUAUUUCAACUCUGCCCGCAGUAAUCGGGCAAUCCGUCUCCGAGAACAGCAUAUGACCAUGUUGAGUCAGCUCAAGUACGGUCUGGAUCUCGCUGGACUCUUUUGGUUUUUGGUUGGCAACAUGUGGGUCAUUAGUGACGGAGCGCGCUGCGACGAUGGGUCAAUCAUGUACCAAUUGGCACUCUGGAUGAUCAUUAUCUCGUACGCCAAGAUCUUUCUGCCGUGUUUGUUACUGCUGGCCCUGCUGCCGAUCCUCUGCUUUUGUCUGCCGUGUGUCAUUCGACUGCUCAACAGACUGCAGGAUCCGAUGAGGGGCAAAGGGGCGACCAAAGAGCUUAUCGACCAGAUUGAGACCAAGACGUACACGCCCAACAUGUUUCUGCCAGAAGACGCAUGUUGCUGUAUCUGCCUGAAUAACUACGAAGCCAGUCAGCCGCUGCGCGUGUUGCCGUGCGGACACCAUUUUCACAAAGAGUGCGUCGACGAGUGGCUGUUGGUGAACUCGACGUGUCCGACAUGCCGUAAAUCCAUAUUUGACGCCGAAGCGGGCGAGGCUGUAGCAACAAGCGAGGGAGACAUGCUGCGACGAGUGUAA